AUGAUGUUAACUGUCAUCCUGUUCGCCAUUUUCAUUCAUGAAACUUCAUCUGGUUGUUGCCCGUGCAGUCCGCCGCCCUGUCCUCCUCUUCUGCCUCCUCUAUGUCCACCAUUGCUACCAUUGCCAUCACCUUGUCCGCCACCAACUAUUUGCCCACCAGCUAUUUGUCCACCACCAGUGAUUUGUCCUCCUCCACUUCCGCCACCACCACCUCUUCCACCACUAGUUUGUCCACCACCCCUUUUACCUCCACCUUGCCCUCAACUGCCCCCACCUGUUUACGUUCCUCCUCCGAAACAGGAUUGUUGCUGUCUUUGUGCUAAUCCAUGUCGAUAUGCGAGAGCUCGGAUGCAUGGUGCUCGUAUUUUUUCAGAAAAUACCGCAGAGAAUGAUCCAACUUGCACAGAUCCCAAACUUAAAGUGAUUAUUCAGGAGAACAUGUCAAAAGAUCCAACAAAAACGAAACGUGCAAUUCAAAAAGCAGUUGAAAAAAGUUUCGGUGGAAAUUUCAACGUAAUUUGUUCAAAAAGUGAUUUUUCUUAUGUCACUUAUACGAAUACUUUUUGCCAAGCUUCAAACGACGAUGUCACAUGUUAUGCAUUCAAACCAAGUUAG